AUGGCCGAGGUGGAUCACUCCGUGGCCGAGGCUAGAUACGAGCCUCGAAUAGCUGUGGAAACCUUCUACGCGGGCCGCCCGAGCCGAGAACGAGUCACGCGCUCCGGCGCCGCCCCGGCCGUGCUGGGAUAUCUCGGGGCAGCUCAGGACGACUUCGUGAGCGCUUGGAACCGUUUGGCCUUUCGGGAAGUGGCCCGGACCCUGGCCGCCGCCGCCACCGACAUCGCGGCUCGAGGAAACGCAACAUCAAUUUGCCCACGCAGGUGGGUCUUGUAGUCGUGCCAUAUGAA